AUGUUUUAUCUUUCUGCACAGCAUCAUCGCUUUCAAAAGAUGCCCUCCCUUCCCGUCCCAAUUCCCCGCCAUGAUCCCUAUCCAAGCGCUCCAGCUGCCCCCGACCUCAGCACCGCUCGAACGACGCCGUCCGAUCAUCAUCCACGAGCGCCGCCUCCCGUAGGUACUUAUCAAUCUUAUCAAUCAAUCAAUCAACCACCCCCCGCCCCCGAUGACCGGUCGCGCCAGAAUGCGAAUCACGGGGCAGCCGCAGCGCACGCUACUCUCUCAACAUCCUCAACCGCAGCAGUAAGCACCUCGUCAUACCGGUACUCUCUCUGA